AAAAAUAUUUCAUAUGGCAUCCCGUGGAUAAAGUAGGCUGUUCUAAUUCCAAAAUGGCCGACCAACAGCACCAAGAAAGGUGUGCUUUCUUUUUAAAAAGAAAACAGCGCUUCUGCAAGCUUAUUCCAGGUCCUGGCAAGAAGUUCUGUGGUGAACACGCCAAUUUUGCACCAGAAGAUGAGACUGGUGCAGGGCGAAAACGUGUGAACUGUCCUCUGGAUCCAAAUCAUACCUGUUAUGAAGACCAGCUGAAGAAACACCUGAAGAAAUGCAACUCCAGACAAAAACCUUCACCGCUUUACAUACAGAGAGGUGUGAACUCUGGUCUCAGCUGUGGACAGUGCAAGGAAGAGGAUGCAAAGAUAAGUCAUCAUUCCAUGAGCACAGAAGAACUGAUGUCAUUUGUAGAAAGAGUUCGUACAGCUUACAAAGGGAGUGUUUUAGACAUCCCUGAAGCUGUACUAUCUCACCAGGGAAUGAAAGCAAUGCUUGAGGAUCCAGACAAUGGAGCAUCAGCACUCAAACACCUCAAACAACAGGCUUCCCUCAUUGGUCACCUAGAUCACCUAGAUCUGUUAAAAUCUGACGUCUGCUUCAUAGAGUUUGGCGCAGGAAGAGGAAGGCUGUCCCACUAUGUACAGAUGUGCCUCCCAGAACAAGCCGCCUCCCACUUUAUUGUGAUUGACAGGGCCAACACCAAACAUAAGUUUGAUAAAAACAUCCGCCGUGGUGAGAAAGGACCAGACUUUGAGAGACUGAAGGUUGAUAUUGAGGACCUAAACCUGGGCUUGGUGCCCAGUAUGGCUGAACACAAGGGACCAGUAGCUGCCAUCAGUAAACAUCUGUGUGGGGCUGCUACAGAUCUUACUCUGAGAUGUCUUAUAGAGACCCUUCACUGCAAAAGUUCAAGAAACAGUUCCAAAGAAGUUUUUACAAGUUCCUCCACAAGUGAGACAGCAUCUAGACAACACCCAGUAUCAGACAACAUAGCCCAGGAGAGCAAUACAACAGAGAAACAGUUAGUAGAUGGUCCAGCAUCACCCAUUAUUAGAGAUACGGAGGAGAAUAGGGAUGACUUAGAAGAUGGAAGACAAAAGGAAGUGUCAACAGCAAGAACAGACAACUCAAGUCCUCCAUCCAAGAGAUUAAAGGAAGAAGAUGCUCAGAAGACAAGCCAAGUAGAGUGUAUCCUGAUAGCUCUGUGCUGUCACCACCGCUGUACCUGGACUAGUUAUGUGGGGAAAGGUUUCUUCACUAGUAUUGGCUUCACUGAAGAGGACUUCCACUUACUGAGGAGCAUGUCCAGCUGGGCGACCUGCGGGUUUGCGAGGGGUCAGACAAAGAACGCGGGAGGGAAUGAGGAAGAAGUGAAGGAGAACAGUGAAGAAGAGGGAGAGGAGGAAAAGUAUGAACAAUCAAAGGCAGCAGCCAUCUGGACUGUGGAAGAGAGGGAGGAGAUUGGGCGGCAGUGUAAGAGACUCCUGGACCAAGGCAGACUGUGGUACCUACAGCAGUGUGACUUCAACACUCAACUGGUGCACUAUGUGGAACCAGAUGUGUCAUUGGAAAAUAUAGCCAUUGUUGCAACAAGGAAAAAACCUACAACCACAACAUAAGACAUUGUUUGUGAUGUAUUUUGUCAUGUUUUAAAGUCUCCAAGCAGGUGGGAGGAAGGAUUGUAACAGUUCAUAACUGAGUUGGCUGUCAGAAAAUAGAGUCAAAGGCCAUUGUGAUGGUAUUUCCCUCCGUUUUCCUUGUAUGGGAAAGCAGAUAUAAUAUUUUCCUCACUAUUUUUUUCUUGUUUUGCCAUUGUACUCAACACUUUUUAUAAUGUGCUACAUCGGCCAAACGACAUGUGAUUUAUACGUUAAUA